CACUUACAGGCUCGUGGAUUGCGGCUCCACAGCAAUAUUUUCUGGACCAAUCGUCAAAGGUGAAGUUUUUCUGACCGAAAUUAGUCAAAACGUUUCUAUGGGUGCUUCACCUGGCUCUGCUGCGCUUAGUUCUGAAGACUUUGUUUUAGACCACUGUGAUUUGUGGAUCAAUCUCUGCCGUUGUGUGGAGAAGGAAAGGAGUCCUCGGCUCACUCGGCCUGACACAGGACUCACAAUUAAAGAGAGAAGAGAAGCUUCACUCUGCUCGUCCCCAUCUAAAUCAGGGGGAUCAGGCCGGUUUAUCGGAAACACAAAGGUGCAUGUCAGCAAUCAAUGCACUUUCCGAAGCUCUGUGACAUAAGCGCAAUCAGCUUGCCGGUCCGGCUGACUCCGACAUCUCUGCUUCUACUCUGAUGACGAUUGUAUUCUCGAAUGCCUCCGACUUGCGUCCUGGACUCCACUCGGGCUCAAACGACCUGAUUCAUCCUCUUCCAGCUCAAGAAUGACGGCCAGGGUCCUGCAUAUAUGCUGUCGGAUUCCACCACAUCCCGAUCUCGCACCGCGAAAACCUCAUCUACUCGGUGGUCCUCAUCGCACCUGCAGUUAUCAACCUUUCGAGAUUUCCAAACCUUAUCUCACGGGAUUUGAUUGUCCACAUAUGAUCUACGACACAUGGCCUCCGCGUUCCGAGCCCCACCGUCAUAAGUCUUCAGUCUAGGUCGCAGAUCCUCGCCGCGUCGCGAGUUGGCGGAGCUCCGUCCCCCACACCCAUAUAAGCAAGCCUGAACACGCAGCUGACGCCAAGCAAGAUGCUCUCCAAGGCCUUCGUUCUCGCGUCCCUCCUCGUCUCCGCGCGCAGCGCUACGGUCUCGUCCACCCCUGCGCAGACUUUCCUCGGCGUCGGCGGGUCAGGCGCCUGGUGGCCGCACGACCUGUACCAGUUCCCGCCCGCGGCGCGCACGAACCUCUCGAACCUGCUCUUCUCGCCGUCCGGCCUCGGCCUCAGCUCGUACCGCUACAACGUCGGCGGCGGCGGCGUCGGCGUUGGGAACCCGGGCCGAGCGCCCGAGACGACGUAUGUGAGCCCGGGCGUGUACAACUUCAGCGCCGACCCGCAGGGCGUGCUGUUCAUGCAGGACGCUGCGAGCUUUGGGGUGCCGAUUACGUUCUUUGUGAACAGUGCACCCUCGCCGUUUACCACGAACGGGGCCAGCUGCGGUGGAUGGUUCGUCAACGGCACUGGAAUCGAAUAUGGCAAAUACCUGGCGGACGUUAUCGCGUACUGGCACGGGCAGGGCGUUCUGGUCAAGUACAUCUCGCCCAUGAACGAGCCGGACAACUCCUUCGGCGACCCGGGCUCUUGCGGUCAAGAAGGGAUGGAAGUCGACGCCAACCAGCGCGCGGAAGUCGUAAAUGGGCUGUGGGCCGGCUUGCAGUCGGUCGGGCUGGAGAAGACCGUCGGUAUCCUCGCUGAUGAGUCGUCCUCGCUGUCGCGUGCCAUGAACGAAUAUCCGAUCUGGCUCCCCGAGGUCGUCGACAAGGCGACGCUUGUCCAUCACACGUACGACUUCCCUUCUGAUGCGUCGUACUCGAAGCUCGUGGCCGACGUCGCCGCGCUCGCGCCGGGCAAGAAAUCCUGGAUGUCGGAAGUCUGCUGCUCGCUUGGACUCAGCAACGGAACCGGGAAAGGGUGGAGCGGGGGAUACGAUCCUACUAUCCAGAAUGCAUUGAUGUUCUCUGGGAUGGUGUUCCAGAGCUUUGUGUUUGCUGGCGAGCCGCACUACGACUUCUGGACAUUAGUUUCUGGCGGAAUGGGGUGCCAGCCUCUGAAUAACGCCACUUGUGUCAACACUCCUAACCCGGAUGGAUGGACCGACGGGAUCAUCUACUACGACGCCGAUUUCGCCAGCAACGGCAACUACGACCUUUAUCUGUCCAAGCACUACUGGACUUAUAAGCACUUUGGCAACUUCGUCAAGCCCGGAACGGUCCGCCACCCGCUCGUCGGCCCGGACGUCCAGGAGUAUAUGAUGGCCGUCGCAUCGGAGACGACCUACUCGCUGCUGCUCAUGAACCCGAACAGCACCGACUCGACGCUGGACGUGACCUUCCACGGGCACGUCUGCCCGCUGUCCGCCGUGCGCACGAGUGCCACGGAGGACUUUGCGGCGAUUGCUCCCGGUGCCAAAUCGAGCCCAAGUGUUUACACGCUGCCUCUCAAGGCUGAGAGUCUGACGACCUAUGUUUUCAAGCGGGGCCACUGCUGAACGGGAUGUGCCGGAUACAAGCAAGCAUAUAUGUAACUCGACGAUAAGUAAAGCGGGGUUGUACAGACAGUCUGUGUGUGUCAAUAAAUACAUGCAUAGGUAACAUUCUAGGGAUAACGACGAGCUGGACAAUUAAACCGGGGCCAGCUUGUUACGGGCCCACAAUCGACGAAGGACCGGCCACCAAGCCGUCCUUCGAGACUUGGCGGGCGGAGGCUGCGCCAAGAUGAGUGUGUCGUUGAGCAUCUGCUUCAGCAAGGGGGCGAUGAUCUUGCCAGACGCCAGCCUCGGGAUCUUUUCCACGAUAUAAACGUCGUGCAGCCACUUGUAGCUCGACUGCAGUGGUAGCGCGGUCAGACUAGAUGGCAUCGCAGACGGGGACGAAUACAUGACGCACCUUGGCCUGCUUGACCGAGUUCUUGAUCGUCUCCUUCACCACACGCGGGUCCUCGGCGGCGCCCGAGGCGGAGAGAACGAUGAACGCGACGGGCACUUCGCCGGCACGCGCGUCGGGUUUGCCGAUCACGCCCGCGUCCAGCACGACGUCCAUGCCCAGCAGAUGCGCCUCCAGCUCCGCAGGAGAGACCUGAAAGCCCUGACCUAGCGCAUCAGCCGCGCUAUUGCAAGGACGCGGAUCGAGACAGACCUUGUUUUUGAUGAUAUACUUCUUGCGGUCGACGACGAAGAUGUACCCGUCUGGGUCCCGAUACGCGAUGUCGCCGGUGAGCAGGAAGCCCUCCGCAUCGAAGCUCUCGCUGGUCGCAGCCGGGUUGUUCAGGUAGCCUGGGCAAAGCUGCGGCCCGCGCACACAGAGGAGCCCCCGUUCUCCGGCCGACAUCUCGUUCCCGCGUGCGUCAGUGAUCUUGGUCUCCGUCGCAUCGAGCACCCGACCCACAGAUCCCGGCAGCGGAUCUGCUCCGAGCGGCAGCGCCGUGAUCAGCCCUCCGCAUUCCGUCAUCCCGAAUCCCUGCGUGACGACGAACCCGGGUCCACCCACGCGCUGGAACGCGCUCUCCAUCUCCGCAUCGAGCGGGGCCGCAGCGAUCAUGGCGGACUUGAAGAAGCGGAGGUCGACGUUGGCUGUUGCGGGGUGCUUGACAAAAGCGCUGACCAGGGGCGGGACGAGAAACAGGUGCGCGAUGCGCAGGCGCACGACGGUCUCGAGGAAGACGGGGAAAGAUGGCAUGCUCUUGAAGGCGACAGUGGCGACGCCGAUGUAGGGACAGAGGUGUACCAGAGUCACCAGGCCGAACAUGUGAGAGAACGGAAUGACACCCAGUGAGCGGUCGCCCGGACUGGAACAUGCUGUCGGGACAGCCGAGUUCUUCACCUGGCUGACAUUCGCAAUUAUGGAGCUGUGCGGGACGAUAACAGCCUGAGAUUAAAUUACAUCCGGGACGAAAGCUCCAGUCGAGUGUGGCGCACCUUGGGUAACCCCGUCGUUCCGCUGCUGAAGCAGAGAAACGCGACGGGACUCGACACGACAUCGAAAGGGCGCGAAAGCAAGCCCAAGCCACACUGGACUAAUCCGUCGAGUGUAUGAAUGCCAGCCUCUUGAUACUGGUCCGGAAGCGACCAAUCAGACUGAUCGGAGAACGCCACAAUAUGACCAGGAGUGAUCCCACACUUAGCGGCCGCUUCCAAGACUCUGUCAAGCGCAUCCGAGUGCACAAACACGGUCCUGGCAUCCGACAGGGUGAACUGGUGACUGAAAAACCCUGGGUCAACACGGCAUCGGCCCUGGCACGAGGGAAGAGAGCAGCACGCACACAAGCUCGUCCACGGUGCUCCCGCCGGUGCACGAGGCAACCGUGCAUCCCAGGCGGUGUGCGGCCCACACGACGGUCCCGAAGUCGACGGCGUUGGGCGACACGAUCGCUGCGACGUCGCGGAUGCCGCACGCCUCGUGCGCGUGGACGGCGCUCGUGUGUGUGCCCAGCCCCAGCACGGCGUGCAGCCCCCGCGCGAGCGCGUCCGUCCGCGCCUUGAUGUCCGCGCCGGUUAUUGCCCUGCCGGACUGGGCAUCGACAAACCACGGUGAGGCGAGAUGCGCAUCCUCCCGCUCGAGCAUGAACUCGUAUAGUGUCAUUGUCGACAGCGACAUCGCUAGCGGUGGGGGGGACAGUGCCGAUGCGGAGAGGGGUGAGAUGAGUACUUUUGAAAUGCGGGUGGUAUUGAAUCCAUCAAUCAACGGGAGGCGCGGGACGGUCCAUGCAUAGAUCCUUGCUGGAACCGGUGCACGUAAACGUGGCUGCUGAGACGCGCAACGAACUGAGAUGAUAGACAAGAAACAAUGUCAGUGACUACAGAUCCCUUGGAAGCUUCCUUUGAUGACUCCCAACUGUUCUCCUGCUGCGGAGAUAGUCGGGGGGAAAGUGGCAUAAUCCGUCUUCGAGUCAUCCAGCACAAGUGGUUGUGCUCGAACAGGCAAGUCGCCGCUGGGGCCUGCGGUCCAAGCUCAGAGGCUGGCGCCAAGUGUGACCAGGAGGAAGAAGUGCAUCGUGACCCGGCUAUCAGUCACAGCACGUCAAACCACUCUCGAGUCGCCGCCAUCCAUCCAUGGCCGCUGCCGCUGACAAGGACGUCAAGCCCGAUAUCUCCAAGCUGCACAUCACGGUCUCCUUCAACCAGAAAAAGUUGAUCUUCCUGUACAAGAAAACCAAGCCGCUGGAGAAACUGCUGAUCAUGUUUUGCGAAAAGAUGAAUCUCGAGCGCAAAUCGAUCCGGUUCGAAUACGACGGCUCGAAUGUCCGCGGAGGCGACGUCACUGCAGAAGAGCUCGACAUGGAGGAUGGCGACGAGGUCAUCGGGCAUAUCUUCCAGGAGGGCGGUUUUUGAUUAAUCUCCCUGGGCCUCGCCCCCACGCGAACCUUGACAUCCUCGCGCACGCAAGCCAUCUAGCUCAAUGUAUCACAGUACAAAUUUGUUGUCUUAUCCUCCAUUUCACGGUACGGUUGUACGCUGCUCGCUUCAAACUCCCCACGGACGUCGCACGGGAUACGAAAACGGAAGCACGCUAUUGUACAACGCGUUCGACGCAGAGCCACGCGCCUUUCUCUCCCCGGUCGUUGCACGGCAGCAAAGUAUUCGUGAAUUGGCUGCGAACCUGGAGCGCGGGAUCGCUGGGGAUCGAAAAGACGAAUUUCGAGAUUAGUUCCGCGAGGAUCACCUGCAUCUCGAGUACGCUGUCAUGGAAAGUUGCGUGCCAUGAGCAAUGUGCAAGACGGGAAGCUCGUCGGACUCACGCAAAGCGCCAGCUGCGAGAGAGUGGGGUGAUCGUCAGACUGCCCCUGCACAAUUCGGAGAGAGUCUCACCCAAGACAGACGUGCGGCCCAUUCGAGAAGGACAGUCUGAGAGCACAUCAAUGUCGACUCGGGGGGACGGGAGAGCAAGAGUACAGAUUAGAAUAAGGGCUUGAUGCCAUCGUUUCUCCUGCCGGGCCAACCUGAUCAUUCAUCCACCGGUACGGAUCGAACUCCUCGGGUUUGGGUCCCCAGCGAUCUAUCGAUCAGUGCUCCUGCAAAAAUUGUCUCGAUUCGGAGUAUGAUGGUGCGCGUGUCACGUCGUGACAUACCGGUGGUAAGCACCAAACUCGCAGCCGAUGUACUGCCCUUUGCGAACAAAGAGCUCUGUGACGACUCUCCCAUCCUUCAGUGUGGUUGGUUUGCCGAGUGGUAUUGUCAGGUCCACAAGCGCCAUCUUUUCGGAUACGGGCUCGGCAGGGUACAGGCGGAGAGUUUCCUAGUGUGAUCGAAUGGAUGGCGAGAGUCAGAUCUGAACAAAAACAAAUGUGAGUGCAUUGUGGGGACCGACCUUGAUCACCGCGUUCAAUAGCGGCAGCGAGUCGAAGCCAUCUUCGAUCUCAGCGCCCGCGUUGAGGAGCUCAGCUCGGAGACUGGCCUGCACGGCAGGAUUCCGCGCAAGUUCGAUCAGUGCAAAUGCCAUCGUGUUCGUCUAUCCAACUCAGCGCCUGUUAUACUUGGCUUCUUGAAAUGGGCACCAACUCACAGUCGUAUCCUGGCCGGCUAUAAGUAAGAUACUGGUCUGAUCAACGAGAAGAUCCGUCGGAAGCGAUUUGCUUGAGUUGCCGGCCACUAGUACCCUAUGAAUCAUCCAACUUGGCGCCUCGACGACACUACGCUCACAGAUUUUAGCAAACAAUUCCGAGCAAAGGGCCUUGGUUCGUCGGGUCACGGCGAACAUGCGCAGAGGAGCCUUGCUGAACAGCCAGUUCAGGAAGGACGCCGGCAGAUGCGAUGCGAGUUCCUCAAUCAGGAACUGUGGAUAUCCAAAUCUUGAGGCGAGCGAUCUUGCAAGAAUUCGAUCAGCGAUAGGAUUUGCAUAUAAGAAAGAUGAAAACAAGCUUCUCACAAUACACCGAAAAGAGCUUCAUUCAACCCAGGAUCGAGUUCCUCCAUCG